AUGGUCCGGUUCGGUGCGAUGUUUGGCAUCGCAGCGAUGCUCCUGUCUGUGCAUGCGCAGAUGUUCCAAAACAUGUUUGGCGGCAACUCAUUCUUUCACGCCGCGCAGCAAGGACAGGAAGCACACGGCGUCGGCGAUGCAUCAUGGUUCCAGGACCGUGUGGAUAAAGCCCAAUGUGCGCAACAUUUGUGCAGCGAUACCCUCGCAUGCGUUGGUGACCCCAGCGCAUGUCCGUGCCCAUACAAGGAGCAGAUCCGCUGCUCGCUGGGCGAUGCAUACAUGUGCAUCCAAGCCGCAGACUGCGGCGAAGUGGAACGUUUGUACGGAAUGUAA